CAGACAGAGCGUUUGUGAUGAGAUAGAAACUGGACAAAGACGGGAAGAAGGGGAACGGUGCUUGUCUUUCAUUUUAUGAGUUGUCUAUGGGGUUAGCCUAAUAUUUUGCCUUCUUGUCUGUCCGGGUCAUGUUGAGCCAAACCUUGUCCUUUUCGUGGACUUACUGGAGCCUCUUCUUUGACAAAAAGCAGUCUAGUUCUCUCUCUCUCUCUCUCUCUCUCUCUCUCUGCUUCAAAAGCACAGAAGAGACGUUCCAGGGUGAUAAAUUUUAAGUACAAGAGAUAUCAACCAGUAAUACAAACAAAGAAUGAAUGGUGUUUCCGCCCGUGAACCGGAUUACUCCGAGUUUGUUGAAGUUGAUCCUACAGGAAGAUACGGACGGUACAAUGAGAUUCUUGGGAAAGGAGCUUCAAAGACUGUUUACAGAGCGUUUGACGAGUAUGAAGGGAUUGAAGUAGCCUGGAACCAGGUAAAGCUUUAUGAUUUCCAGCAGAGACCUGAAGAUCUUGAGAGGUUGUAUUGUGAAAUUCAUCUGCUCAAGACCUUAAAACACGACAACAUCAUGAGGCUCUACACGUCUUGGAUUGAUACUUCCAACAGGAACAUCAACUUUGUGACUGAAAUGUUCACUUCUGGCACUCUCAGACAGUAUAGGCUAAAACACAAGAGGGUCAACAUUAGAGCACUAAAGUAUUGGUGUAGACAGAUCCUGAAAGGCCUUCUAUAUCUCCAUAGCCAUGAGCCCCCCGUAAUCCACAGAGACCUAAAAUGUGACAACAUUUUCAUAAAUGGACACCAAGGCGAAGUGAAGAUUGGCGAUCUCGGCCUCGCUGCAAUCCUCCAUAAAUCCCAUGCUGUCCACUGUGUUGGAACACCAGAGUUCAUGGCACCAGAGGUUUAUGCUGAGGAAUACAAUGAGUUAGUUGACAUAUAUUCAUUUGGGAUGUGCAUCUUGGAAAUGGUGACCUUUGAAUAUCCAUACAGUGAAUGCAAUCACCCCGCUCAGAUCUACAAGAAAGUUAUAUCUGGGAAAAAACCAGAUGCCUUGUACAAAGUUGGGGACCCUGAGGUACGAAAAUUUGUUGAGAAAUGCUUGGUGACAGCGUCACUUAGGCUACCUGCUAACCUGCUUCUGAACGAUCCUUUUCUCCAAAUCGAUGAUUAUGGGUGUGAUUUGAGGCCGAUAGGGUAUUGCAGAGAUUUUGAACUUGUAGGCCCUCCUCUGAGACAACCUCUCUUACGAAAUCACAACGGCAGCAACUCUUUGAUCAAUGGCUAUGAACCUUCGCAUAAUUCGAAUCACCUUCCAGCUGAAUGUGAGCCAAAUGAUCUGUUCUCGGGUCAAUAUGAUAAGCACUUGGCCAAUCUUAAUAUUACCAUCAAUGGGAGGAGAAGGGAAGAUGAUGGCAUAUUUUUGAGGCUCAGAAUUGCAGAUAAAGAAGGCCGGAUUCGAAAUAUAUACUUCCAUUUCGACAUUGAGAUUGACACUGCACUUAGCGUUGCUAUUGAAAUGGUGGCCGAGCUGGAUAUUACUGACCAAGAUGUCAACGCAAUAGCAGAUAUGAUAGAUGAUGAGAUUGCUUCACUUGUACCAGAGUGGAAGAGGGAAGUAUGUGGGGAAGAAUCUCCCAGUUGCACAAAUACUACCUACUGUCAAAAUUGUGCUCUGAAUGGCUCACUUAUUGACUACAUAUCUCCAAACGGUCCUGGCACCAAGAACCUGCAGGUUCUUCAGUGUUCUCAACGCGGAUGUGCAGCUGUCCAUGGCCGCUUCGAAGAGAUCAUGUACCAGUUCAAAGGGUCUAAACAAUAUGUUUCAGAAGGUGAAUCAGCAGCAUCAAGUCAAUCCAAAGGAAUGCAGUAUACUGAUAUCUGGGGACAGCAUGAUGGACCUAAAUACGACGAUGAGCAACCUAAAACAGAUGCAAAAGGUAUACCUGUGGACAGUGGGAGCACAACCAGAUCCCUAUUGGAGGAUCAUUCAGCAGCUAGUGGCUAUGCAAAGGACUGCGAGAAUGAGAUAAGGCAGGAACUGAGGUGGCUCAAGGCCAAGUACCAAAUGCAGUUGAGAGAAGUUAGAGACCAACAAUUAGGAGUCGCCUCAAAAUCUUCAACUCCCAAUUUUGAUAAAGAAAAAGAAAAGAACGACAGAGGACUUUCGUUGUCAUCCAUCUCAACCCCCUUGAAGGAAGCAAGCGAUGAAGCUCUGCAGAAGUCGUGUACCUCUGAGAAGCAUUUCUCUUCAUAUUUUCCUGUUGAUGUCGCAAAGAACUGUGCAAACCAAAAGGCUCUUGACUGUGGUUCCGCUUAUGAAAGUAGUGGCUCAGAGCAAAAUGUCACUGCCAAGAGUUUCUACACAAGGGCCUUGCUCCCAAACUCACUUCACAGGGCUACUUCUCUUCCAGUGGAUGCUGUAGAUAUAUAGAAUUUUCAGACAUACUGGAGAUUCCUUGUUGGUUGUUAGGCAUCUUCAUGUGCUCGAGCUAACUAGCGGGCUGCCCAUCUCUAUCGAUGGGGAAAAUAGGGUGAUGGGUAUUACAUUAUUACUUGUAGAAACCUUAAAAACAGGUAGUUAUUGUGUAACAUAUAAACAUGUGUUGAUCAUUCAAAUGUGGACAUCCUUAAUGAAUUCUGAUAUGAGCUAUGAACUGCAAUGCAUCCUAGUUUGGGAUUGAAUGAUGCACGACCAUUUUGCUCUCAACCUGGGAAUGCUUUGAAUCAAAGAAAAAUAUAUCGUUCAGCCACAUUAUGGGUCCU